GGGGGCUGCCGGCCGCCGCCGGUCUCCCUGGUGCCGCCGCCGUCGCGGCCGCAGUCCCCGGAUGUAGCGGCGGUAGCGGGCCGGCGGCGGGCGGCCCGUUGGCGGGAGGAGAGCGGCCCGCAGGCCUGUGCCCGGCAGCCGCCGCGUUUGCCCGGCGUCGCGUCGGGAUCGCCUCUCUCGGCGCAGCGGCGGCCCGCGGCCUCCCGCCGCGUUCCCGGCCCCAUCGGCGUCCCCGUGGGGCCGCCCCGCCGGCCGGGCCCGCGCGGCGCCGGCGGGAUGAGCAGCUCGAGGAACAACCGCGUGAUGGUGGAGGGCGUCGGGGCCCGCGUGGUGCGCGGCCCCGACUGGAAGUGGGGAAAGCAGGACGGUGGCGAGGGCCACGUGGGCACCGUGCGCAGCUUCGAGAGCCCCGAGGAGGUGGUGGUGGUGUGGGACAACGGCACCGCCGCCAACUACCGCUGCUCCGGGGCCUACGACCUCCGCAUCCUGGACAGCGCGCCCACCGGUAUCAAGCAUGAUGGGACUAUGUGUGACACAUGUCGACAGCAGCCAAUCAUUGGCAUCCGAUGGAAAUGUGCUGAAUGCACGAAUUACGACUUGUGCACAGUUUGUUAUCAUGGGGACAAGCAUCACUUAAGGCAUCGUUUUUACAGAAUUACCACACCAGGAAGUGAAAGGGUAUUGCUGGAGUCUCGCCGUAAAUCAAAGAAAAUUACAGCAAGAGGAAUCUUUGCAGGUGCCAGAGUGGUGCGAGGUGUUGACUGGCAAUGGGAAGAUCAAGAUGGUGGCAAUGGGCGCAGGGGAAAGGUAACUGAAAUCCAAGAUUGGAGUGCGUCAAGUCCACAUAGUGCAGCAUACGUUCUUUGGGACAAUGGUGCUAAAAACCUUUACAGAGUUGGCUUUGAGGGCAUGUCUGACCUGAAAUGCGUCCAAGAUGCAAAAGGAGGCUCUUUCUACAGAGACCACUGUCCUGUGUUAGGUGAGCAAAAUGGUAACAGAAAUCCUGGUGGUCUGCAAAUUGGUGACCUUGUAAACAUUGACCUUGAUUUGGAAAUUGUACAGUCUUUGCAGCACGGUCAUGGAGGAUGGACUGAUGGCAUGUUUGAAACCUUAACAACAACUGGAACAGUUUGUGGCAUUGAUGAGGACCAUGACAUUGUAGUACAAUAUCCAAGUGGCAAUAGAUGGACAUUUAAUCCAGCUGUUCUCACCAAAGCCAAUGUUGUCCGAAGUGGAGAUGCUGCUCAAGGUGCAGAAGGAGGUACUUCUCAGUUUCAAGUGGGUGACCUUGUUCAAGUGUGCUAUGACUUGGAGCGAAUCAAGCUUCUUCAGAGGGGUCAUGGAGAGUGGGCUGAAGCAAUGCUUCCUACUUUAGGUAAAGUUGGUCGUGUCCAGCAGAUCUAUUCGGACAGUGACUUAAAGGUAGAGGUUUGUGGGACAUCUUGGACAUACAAUCCAGCAGCUGUCUCAAAGGUGGCAUCAGCAGGAUCUGCUAUAAGUAAUGCGUCUGGUGAGAGACUGUCCCAGCUAUUGAAGAAAUUAUUUGAAACCCAAGAAUCUGGAGAUCUCAAUGAAGAAUUGGUUAAAGCUGCUGCCAAUGGAGAUGUUGCUAAAGUGGAAGAUCUGCUAAAGAGACCAGACGUGGAUGUAAAUGGACAGUGUGCUGGACACACAGCUAUGCAAGCAGCUAGUCAGAAUGGCCAUGUGGACAUUUUGAAGUUGCUUCUGAAACAGAAUGUGGAUGUAGAAGCAGAGGAUAAAGAUGGAGACAGGGCUGUCCAUCACGCAGCCUUUGGCGAUGAGGGUGCUGUGAUAGAGGUUUUGCACCGAGGCAGCGCAGAUCUGAACGCUCGCAACAAACGGAGGCAGACUCCACUUCAUAUUGCUGUCAACAAAGGUCAUCUGCAAGUUGUGAAGACUUUACUGGACUUCGGCUGCCAUCCUAGUCUCCAGGAUUCUGAAGGUGACACUCCGCUUCACGAUGCAAUAAGUAAAAAGCGUGACGACAUCCUGGCUGUACUGUUAGAAGCUGGUGCAGAUGUUACUAUCACCAACAACAAUGGCUUUAAUGCUCUUCACCAUGCUGCGCUAAGAGGAAACCCAAGUGCAAUGCGUGUAUUGCUGUCCAAGUUACCACGACCGUGGAUUGUUGAUGAGAAAAAAGAUGAUGGUUACACUGCCCUGCAUCUGGCAGCUCUCAACAAUCACGUGGAGGUGGCUGAACUUUUGGUGCAUCAGGGCAACGCUAACCUGGAUAUCCAGAAUGUUAACCAGCAAACUGCUCUGCACCUUGCUGUUGAGCGUCAGCAUACACAGAUUGUUAGGCUCUUAGUCCGUGCAGGUGCUAAGCUGGAUAUCCAGGAUAAAGAUGGGGAUACUCCCCUGCAUGAAGCCCUGCGACACCACACCCUGUCACAGCUUCGCCAGCUCCAAGACAUGCAAGAUGUGGGCAAGGUAGAUACUGCUUGGGAGCCAUCAAAGAACACAUUAAUAAUGGGACUUGGCACUCAGGGAGCAGAGAAGAAGAGUGCAGCAUCUAUUGCCUGCUUCCUGGCAGCCAACGGAGCCGACCUCAGCAUUCGUAAUAAGAAGGGUCAGUCUCCUCUUGAUCUCUGCCCUGACCCUAGCCUCUGCAAAGCACUGGCUAAAUGCCACAAAGAAAAAGUCAGUGGUCAGGUUGGUUCCCGAAGUCCAUCUAUGAUCAACAAUGACUCUGAAACCUUAGAAGAAUGCAUGGUGUGUUCAGAUAUGAAAAGAGAUACUCUGUUUGGCCCGUGUGGACAUAUUGCCACUUGUUCUCUGUGCUCACCACGGGUGAAAAAAUGCCUCAUCUGUAAAGAACAAGUUCAGUCGAGGACAAAGAUUGAAGAAUGUGUAGUGUGUUCAGACAAAAAGGCGGCAGUCCUUUUCCAGCCUUGUGGUCAUAUGUGUGCUUGUGAGAAUUGUGCAAGCUUGAUGAAGAAAUGUGUACAGUGUCGGGCAGUAGUAGAACGAAGAGUGCCUUUCAUAAUGUGCUGUGGAGGGAAAGGUACAGAAGAUACCACUGAUGAUAUUUCAAGUGGUAACAUUCCAGUUAUGCAGAAAGACAAAGACAACACUAACGUCAAUGCAGAUGUACAGAAGCUGCAGCAGCAGUUACAGGACAUCAAGGAACAGACUAUGUGUCCUGUCUGUUUGGACCGUCUGAAGAAUAUGAUCUUUCUCUGUGGCCAUGGGACGUGUCAGCUCUGUGGAGACCGAAUGAGUGAAUGCCCUAUAUGCCGCAAGGCAAUCGAACGAAGGAUUCUUUUGUAUUAAGAAGUGGAACAAGUGUCUGUUGUUAGCUUAUGAAUAGUAAGGACAUUCUGAUGAUUUAAAUCUCUGCAAGUUUGAAAGGCAGUAAAAGGUUCUAAUGAAAACAUUUCUAAUACUGUAGCACAGGUUCAUUAAAGACUGUGAACGCACCAAAUAAUAGAACAGUAUUUGAGCAGUCAGCUUUUAACUUUGCUCAGAAAAGAUGCUAAUUUACAGCAGUCCUUUCUUUUGUUGUGUUUUUUGUUUGUUUUCUUUCUGUCAUUUUCUUCCCCUUGAAGUGUAAAGGGACAAUCUUCUUUUGGUUUCAUUCUUGUUUUUUAAUGUGCGUAUAAGGUGUUGAGUGAUGUAGUUUUUGUAUUAUUUUUUUUAAUGCCAGUUACUAUUGAAUAUAAAUCUAUUUAGUGCUUUUUUAUGCUUUUCUGGAGAAUGUUCAUAUAUUCUGUGAUGUUUAUAAUUUGCAAUAAUUUUCAUCUUGAAACCCACAAUAAUGCAUAGUCGAUACAAAAUGUAUGCACAGUUGUAAUAAACGUAAUAUUAUUUCCAUAAGAUCAGGCCUCAAAAUGCAGUGCUAAGGUAAUUUCAACUUUAAUGUGCCCUUUGCUGAGGAUGAGCUGGGAAAGAAACAGGGAAAAGACAAAUUGGUUUAGAAAGGUUACGUUCGUCAAACUGCACUUUAGCGUAACAGUUCCAAGCUGACCUAAAUAAUAUGAACCUCUUGACUCUGCUAGCCUCAUAGAUUCUAAUGGAAUAGCUUUUAAUUCGGUUGGAAAGGAGAACAUUUGAGCAGUGGGUCAGUUAUCCAUUUGAGAUGAGUGAAUUCAAUCAGUUUUGUGGGAACAGAUAUAUAUGUGGGGCCAUUCAAAUAUUCUAUGUCUACGAAUUAGAAGAACUAGAUGUGAAGUUUGCAAACGUUAAACUUCAGUAUCUUACCUUACAAAGCAUGAACCAAGCUUUUAACGGGUAUCACUUUCCUUUCUUAAUUCAGUUGUCUCCGGACAAAUAGUAAUGAACAGCAGGAAAAAAAUCUAAUAUAGCUUUUCAUCUACAUUGAAUGUUAAAACCACGCUAGCUGGGAUCAAUAGAUAAUACUGCAGUUCAGGAGUAGUGUUGUCAGAGCAGUGAUUUCAGAGCCGUGCCUACGUGAAAUGAAAUUGUAUGAGGGAGUUAGCUGUCACUGCUGUGACUGAGAAGUGUUCAUGAAUCUGAAAGUACUGCUGUGAGGAGCUGCAGACAAUUAACAUCUUGAUUUAAAAAAAAAAAUAGGUCCUUCUGUCUUCUUGGACAGAAAAAAAAAGGUAUGCUGAUUUAAGAGGUGCUUGCAGGUAACAGGAAUGUGUUCUUGCUUGUAAGAGAUUCAGCAGUUUCCUGAGUGCAGUUUGCAUAACCCUUUGCCAUUGUGCUGGCUUCGUUUGAACGCAGAACAAUGAAGAAAUACAUGCUGGAAUCAUUGAAGUGCCUUCCUUGCAGCAAAGAUUAAUUUCUUAUUUCAUUCUCACUGCAAAAAAUGUGGCAAGAGGGAUAGUUCAGGGGAAGAUCCAAGUAGGAAUAAAGGAAUAAAACUAGUCUCUUUGGAAAAACCCAUUUCAGUCUUUUGAAGCUUAUGUUGGUAUGCCACAACCUUGUAAACUUUGGCAAAAGUCUCAGAAGAAUGUUGCUAGUAAACUGCAAAGAUAGAUAAACUUCUUAACAGUAAGAUUUAAACACUUAGUGGUGUUUUCCAGGAAACAGCUACAAUGAUAGAUUGGAACAGUGCAUGGCCGGUGGCUUGUAACAAAGUGAAGUAAUGUACAGCUUUUCUAUAGACAACGUAGUCCUUGUCCAGAAUUGCAAAUGUGUUCAUCAUUCUUUUCAGUAAUUUUUCAUUGGACAGUCUUAAUCUGGAAUCAAUAUAAUAUUAUUUUAUUUUGUAUAUUAAUAGUCAUUUGUUCAAAAUUAUCUGUGUAUCUGUCUUUUUGGCUGAAGUAAAUAGCCCUCCCCUUUUGGUACUCAUUGGAUCCCUGUACUGAAAUAUGAAGACUUCAAGGAGCUUUGUAAAACUUCUGAUGAAAAACUUUUUUUUUCCACUUUGCUGUUUCAUUAUUUCCACUUAGACUCCAAUUGCACAAGUACUGUAUUUAUUUAGACAAUAUGUAUGCCACUAAGCCUGAUUUUUUUUUUAUAGUGUGUUUGUCAGCUGAAAUGUCUGCAGUAUGCUUCAGUUUCCUUCCAGUCUUCCUCCAAAAAUGAUUUUGUAGCAAGAUGUGCCAUUUGUCCAUCCAUCCUGAUUUUGGUCCUGUAACGCAUCACAUCUGUUUCCUCUAGUUCUGGUAGACACAUUUUGAAUGUCAAGCCCUAUUUACUCUUCAAGGGGACCUCUAUAAGCAUAAAAGCAGAGUGGAUUUCUUCUUGAUAAUGCAGCUCAAAACUAAAACCUUGUUGUUUUACUUGAAAGUAGUUCAGCUUUGCAUUAGUUGAAAAAUGCAGCCGAAUAAGAAUUGAUCUGAAGUAUCCUGGGUGGAAAACUGGAUUUGAAUGUUAAAUAUUCCUGAUGUGCAAGAGGCAAGAUAUUAGAAAAAAUAGCUAAGUCCACUGUUAGGCUUGUACUUUACAAGAGAAGCUGUAAAUUGCUCUGUAAUAUUCUUAAUACUUGCAUGUCAUCACAGUCAAAUGGAUAUAGACACACUGAUUGAAGGUGUUGCUAUAGGAGCAGUUGUAGUCUUUUGUACUGUAAUCAUGCCAAGUGGACUUACUGGACAGCGCUGCGUGACAGUUGCAGUUGAAAGGUUUCACUGUUGGGAAUUGAACUUCAUGCUUUCAAGAUAUCAAGAUGAAGAACUGAACUAGAAAUGCAAGGUAGAGUAACAUGCUUGAAGUAUAGCUACUGGCCUGAUUAACAGGUGGAAGAGAUGCAUAGCCUUCCCAAAAAACUCAAUGAAGCUUGCCUUUCAGAAAACUCAAUGAAGAAAAAUGUUAGCGAAUCCAGUAGCACCGAACGACAUAGAGGACAAAGAGGAUGAAAAACAGGCUUUGUUUCUUAUGAUUGUCCCUCAGUACUUGACAGCAGUUUUGAAAUUAAAUUGGAUGCUGCACCUCCAUUAGUUUCCUCAGCCAAUCAGAGGAACAACUGAUAGGACUGUUCGGAUGUGAGGUCUGUUCACAUGUUUAAGUAAAUCUUUUUUCUUUUCAGUUCAGUAAAAUACAUGACUUGUCAUAUCACUGCAUGGUGAUUUUAAAGCAUGGAGACGACCUAAAAGGCUAAUAGGACAUGCUUAAUAAUUCUGUUGUUUUUUGUUGUUGUUGUUGGUUUUCCUUUGUUUUUACAGACCCGCUGUGUAUCAUCUGCUAUACCUCAAAGUCCCAUUGAACUCAUUUGGCACUUGUUAGAAUUUGGGCUCUUAAUACCUACCUUCUAUUUGUUGAAAUACUCUGUACUUGUAUGUUAAGAGUUUGGAGGAAUCCCGUUUUACUGGCAUGGAUACUGAAUUAAUGCGGCAGGAGAAUAAGCAAGCUACUUUGUAAAUAUGGAAGAUUGAUUAGAAACUACUAUUCCUAACUUGAAUUGAAUGAGGAUCUAGCAGAUUUGCACAAGUACUUGUGCCUUGUUAGCAUAGUCUUACAAUUGGUAUUCUAGCUUCUUUUAAAGACAUUAAAUGAUCUUUUAAAAUAAUUUAAGUCAUUAUUGUGUAGAUAUUUUCUAGAGAUGAAGUUUUAUGUGCUCAUACCUGUUUUUAGCAGUAUUAGUUGCAGUUCCUGCAAACACUAAGCUGUUUGAAGAAGCUGCUUUGGCCUAGUGAUCUGUUGAAGCUUCCUCUACGAUACUGUGCAUUAAACAUCAGAAACUCAAUUUUCCAGUAGCAGCUGGUGAACCGAGAAGCCUAUCCUGUUCUGUGUGCUGCCUAAGUCAGAUUUUUCACUUAAAAAAUCACAGCAUCCGAACUUCCAGUAACGCUACCUCCUUUCUCUCUACGUCCUGAAUUCUUGGGUUAGUUUGUCUUUGGGAAAGGAUGGGGAACAUUUCAGUUUGGUUUUUGCUUCGUCAGUUUUGAUAUCUAAAUACAUUGCAAAGCAUUUUUACUGACUGUAUAAAUGACGUACGGUAGAAGAGUAUGAUUUGCCACCAUGUACAUUGUAUAUUACCCUUGCACAAGUUGCUGGAAUUCGUACUGUUGUCUUUUUAUGUAUUUCGUAACUCGUUUGUGCUGACAAAGCAAAACUGUUAUCACAGAGGUUUUAGUAUAAGAAGUUUAGAAGUUUUAUAGCUGAGCCUGUGGUUUAAAAAAAAAAAGUUCUGACUCAGGGCUUUUUAACAACUUACAUACAUUUACGAUAUUCUUCAGCACGUCUUGGAGAGCGUUGUAGGUUUAAUGACUGCACAGUGCCUUGAUAGAACUAUAUAAUGGGCAGCAGCCGUAGAGUCCUUACAGAAUGCAAGUAUCUUUUGAAUCCAGUUGAGGAGUUUAUGUUCAUACAACUGUAAUAUCCCUGCUAUGGAUUUACGUACUUGUAUAUACUUUCUGUAUGGGAAAAUCAGCAAAUGUAGGUCUUGCUAAGCUUUCUGUAAGUUGGUUUGUUGUUGCACGGGUUGGGAGCGGGGGGGCAGGGUGUGAAAGGCUUAGUGUUCAAAUGUACCAAAGUAGCACUUCUGGGAAAGACAGCUGAUAAAAAGCUCUGUAUGGGAUCUUUUUAGUGUGAUGGGAGAGGUGGUUGUAUUAAAAUAAUUAUAAAUAAAAAUAAAAAUGCCCUCCUAAUUCUGGCCCAGUGAGCCUUUCUGAAGGGAGAGAGAGAAUCAGCAACAAUUCUGUGUUUGCAUGCCAUUUCAUAUUUACAGGAAAUGACGUACUUUUACACUUCUAGCAGAUAUUUCUAUCACAAGCUUACUGUCUUCAUGAAUGCCAUUUAUUCCUAUUAGAAAACCAGUUUUACCGAACCACAGGAACAUUUUUGCUACUGUUAAAGCCAACGUUGUAUUUUCAGUAGUUCUUGACAUGACUGUUUACUGGAGAAACUUCUGGUUGUCUGCGUGAAUGUAGUGGAUUUUUCUGUAUGCAGAUAGCAUUAUAUAAUUGCUUUCAUUAAAACUGCUUAGCAAGGUCUAAGCUUCUCAAGAGAAAUGCUAAUGUACUGAAUGGUUAAUAAAAGUUGUUAUAUAAGA